GUUUCGAUACAUCUUGCCCUUCCUGCUCUCCGAUAAUAACAGCGAUGGCGGCUGCUGCACGGGUCUUUAUCCGAGGUGCCCACGCAACCCUUUCCGUCCCCGGCGCCGGGAAGCAAAGCUCCGCUGGAAGCGCUUUGCUGAAGCUGUCGCCGGGCUGCAGCUCCCGUCUAAAAACCCAACGAAGGCAUGCGGCUCACUUCACUUUCCAGCCCGAACCCGUAACGACCCAGUAUGGUCCCACACAGAAGAUGAACUUGUUCCAGUCCAUCACAAGUGCCUUGGACAACACGCUUGCUAGUGACCCGACAGCAGUCAUCUUCGGGGAAGAUGUUGCUUUUGGAGGAGUAUUCCGAUGCACAGUGGGCCUGAGAGACAAAUAUGGUAAGGACAGAGUCUUCAACACUCCUCUUUGUGAGCAGGGGAUUGUGGGAUUCGGCAUUGGUGCAGCUGUCGCUGGCGCAACAGCCAUUGCUGAGAUCCAGUUUGCUGACUACAUCUUCCCAGCAUUUGACCAGAUUGUGAAUGAAGCUGCAAAGUACCGUUACCGUUCUGGGAACCUGUUUGACUGCGGGAACCUCACCAUUCGGGCUCCAUGGGGCUGUGUUGGCCACGGAUCCUUAUACCACUCUCAAAGCCCUGAAGCGUUUUUUGCCCACUGCCCUGGUAUUAAGAUUGUAAUACCUCGUGGUCCACUGGAGGCCAAAGGGCUGCUGCUGUCAUGCAUCGCUGACAACAACCCAUGUUUAUUCUUUGAGCCCAAGAUUCUUUACAGAGCAGCAGUGGAGCAGGUUCCAGUCGACUCCUACACCAUCCCUCUCUCGCAAGCUGAGGUCCUACAGGAAGGAAGUGACGUCACGCUGGUUGCCUGGGGAACACAGAUCCAUGUGUUGAAGGAGGUGGCCAACAUGGCUCAGGAGAAACUAGGGGUGUCCUGUGAGGUCAUCGAUCUAAGGACCAUCCUGCCGUGGGAUACUGAAACUAUUUGCAAGUCGGUGGUGAAAACUGGACGUUUGCUCAUCAGUCAUGAGGCACCCGUGACAGGAGGAUUUGCUGCUGAAAUCAGCUCUACUGUACAGGAGGAGUGCUUCCUUAACCUGGAGGCUCCUAUUGCUAGGGUCUGUGGUUACGACACCCCCUUCCCUCACAUCUUUGAGCCCUUCUACAUCCCAGACAAGUGGAAGUGCUUUGAAGCAAUCAAGAGGAUGAUCAACUACUGAACCCCUGUCAGGGCCAACUUCUGGUGGAUCUGAACCUCAAACUCUCCCUGCCUUUACUCUUCAUUCAUCCAACCGGGAAAAAGCCGCCAGAAAAACACUUUGUUGUUCAUCCAAUGAAAACGCUCUAUCCAGAUGGCCUUCAUGUCCCGCUGCGUCCUCGGUUUAAAAGUCUGUUACCUUAUCUCCACAGAACCACCUCCUCCUUCUUCAAAGGAGGAGUGACUCGAUCAACUAAAUUAAUAGUGAAAUGCAGGUUUUUAGCUGGUAUAUGACAGAAUACAUUUAGCAUUAGGGGGAAAUAUUAUUGGUUGAAUAUGCACAAUAUAUAUUCUGAUUCUGAUAUAUGACUGCCUUGCUCUGUGUGCUGUUACUCUUUAACAAGUCCAAUUCUUUUCUGAUCUGUUCAGUUUCAGUUUCACGUGAAAUGAUGUGUACCGAUAUAAACAGUCUGUGGUUUUUAAACAAAAUAAAACGAAUAGAUUUGUUCACGA